AUGAUCUCUGAGUUCGAGGCAUAUGAGAAGCGUUUUCCAACGUGUCCUCAGAUUCCGAUAUUUGUCGGCUCAGAAGUUACGUAUGAGUAUCAUAGCGAAGACGGUGCUGAGUGGGUGAUUGAGCGGAAAUGUCAGCUUAACGUCGACGCGCCAUAUUUGGUUAAAAAGAUUGCGGGUGUAGAUUAUAUAUAUUUCACACAGAAGAACUCACUAGACCGACGGAAACGGACAUUAGUAAUUGAGGCGUCGAAUAUAUCAUUCUCGUCGCGGAUCAUUGUACGAGAACAUUGUAAUUAUUAUGUUCAUCCUGAGAAUCCGAAUUGGACGUGUUUCGAGCAGAAUGCGGCUUUAGACGUAAAGUCGUUUUUCGGCUUUGAGACGGCCGUCGAAAAACUUGCCGUUAAACAAUACGCAGCUAAUUUGGCCAAGGGAAAGGAGAUUCUCGAGUACUUCAUCGACGAGUUAAUAAAAAGUGGAGUGACGUAUAUUCCGCAAUUCGAAGACAAGGACAAUAACUCAAUCGCCGACUCGGCAAUCGACGUCUCGAAAGAGCAAGCGGAUGAGGAAACGCAUGUUGUGAUGCGACGCGAAUCGAAGCCCAUCACGGAUAUGCAGGCGAUGAAGAACUCGACGAGUUUUGAUGAUCCUGAGUCGAAACUCGAGGCCGAGUAUAUUCGACGAUUUUUGGGUCAGCUAAGUCCGUUAGAAGAGUCGCGACUCUGUGAGCUGAAAUAUGGACUUCAAGCCCAUCACAAGGGUAAAUUGCCAAACGAUGCGCAUUUGUUACGGUUUCUUCGAGCACGAGAUUUCGAUGUCGCUAAAGCGAAGGAGCUCGUUCACAACAGUAUCAUUUGGAGAAAACAACACAAUGUCGAUAGGAUAUUACAAGAGUGGACCCCACCUGCAGUGUUGACGCAGUUCUUCCCAGGAUGUUGGCAUCACAGUGACAAGGAAGGACGGCCAUUAUUCUUAUUGCGUCUUGGUAAUCUCGACAUGAAAGGUAUGCUUCGAUCUUGUGGUCUGGAGAAUAUCGUCAAACUCACGCUGUCAGUCUGCGAAGAAGGCUUGAUAAAAACGGCUGAGGCUACCAAACAAAUUGGAGCUCCUAUCAGCACAUGGAGUCUUUUGGUGGACCUCGAAGGUUUAAGUAUGCGACAUCUUUGGAGGCCAGGUGUACAGUCUCUGCUGCGCAUCAUCGAAAUCGUUGAGGCUCAUUACCCAGAAACAAUGGGCCAAGUGCUGAUCGUGAGAGCCCCACGAGUGUUUCCAGUCUUAUGGACCCUGAUUUCUCCAUUCAUUGACGAGAACACCCGCAACAAGUUCAUGAUCAACAGUGGCGAGAUUGUCAAGGAUGAAAUUAGUAAAUACAUUGAUGAGCAAUACAUUCCGGACUUCUUAGGCGGUACAUGCUUAGCAGAUUGCCCAAUAGGCGGCCACAUACCGAAAUCACAGUACAGACCGGUUGAAGAUCUGCCCGACGACGCCGAUGUACUCAGCUCGAUGUAUACGAAGGCAUCUGUAACACGAGGUUAUCCAGUGGAGGUUGUUGUACCGAUCGCUUCGUCGGGAUGUGUUCUCACAUGGGAUUUCGAUAUUCUGAAGAGCGACUGUGAAUUUGUUGUGUACCAUACUCCGAAGGUGAUUCAAGAAGCGGCCGUUCCUCAUUCGCCCACUAUGAUGAACCCGGUCGAGAUGGUGACGGCUGCAAUCGCCAACAAUCCGCUACCGGUAGUGUCGUCCGAUCCGUCUCUCACUCUUGGUCCCGAUCUCACAAUCGAAGAGAAACCAGUAGUAUUUCAAGAGGGAGACUCUAUGCAGGGUUCGCACUUCUGCUCGCGAUCCGGGACCUACAUUCUUCAGUGGAGGGUUCCUGAGAUUCCUGGUCAGCACAACACCACUUUCGACUUUAGUAUUGGCAGCCACAAAUGCAAAUUAAUGUAUUACCAUGAAUUAUUGGACUCGGCCGACUUCAGGGGUUCAGUAGCCUCGUUGGAGUCGUGCCGUAGUUCGUUCAGCUCAAUCGCUCCUCCAUCUCAACCAGGUACACCGUGUAAUAUUGUACGUAACAAAGCUCCAAAAUAA